AUGUCCACGGAGGAAUCGGGCAUGCCGAAAGAAGAAGCGCCCGUAGAGGUGGUUGGGUCCAGACGUGCCUCUGCCGCCAGACGGUCGCGUCGCAAGAAGGACGACGAUACCACCACCUCUGCCACCAAUACCCCCGACACGCGAGCCAAGAAGAAGGAAGACAAGGAGAAAGAGAAGGAAAAGGAAAAACCUACUCGUGCCCCUCGUCGUCCUCGUGAAAAGUCCUCUGCAACGGCUGCUUCGCGGAAGAAGCCUAAGCUAGAGCAAUCGGGUGACGAGACCGCUCCUCCUACUGCUCCUCCUCCUGCUGCUGCUGCCGCUCCCACGCCAACGCCCACACCCGCAGCCGCUCCUCCUUCAGCUCCAACGCCGCCUGCCCCAACUCCUCCAGCUCCUCCAGCCGAUCCCAGUCCCCCUCCACAGGCAGCUCCAACUCCUCCUCAACCUACACCUUCUACAUCUUACAAGCUUAGUCCGCGCCCUUCCCCCGCGGACCCUCGAUACACUAUUACACCAGACUACCCGUCGCGACCCCAAUCGCAACCUCCGCCCCUCCAAGAGACCCAACCACCCCCAGCGCCCGCUCCGGCUCCAGCACCCGCGCCUCCACGUACUAGUGGUCGUAAUUUCGACCCAAUUCGCUCAGCGUUUGACAACCCCUCGCCAGCGCCAGCGUAUAGUCCUCCGCAAACUGUCUCACCGCGAGCUAGUUAUCGCGCUAGUGCUUCGCCUGCGAUCUCCAGUAUCAUCGACCCUCCCUCUCACACACAACCCAGCUAUGCUCAGCCGCCUCGCUCCUCCUCCGCUCAUGUCUCGGCCGUGUCCUCCCCAGCGCCGCCUCCUAUAGCGCAUACACCUACACAUCAUGCGCUAGCUCCCUCCCCGAUUCCUGCCUCUCCCUCUCACGGAGCUGUUCAUACCCCUCAACAGCUAUCGCAUACUACCUCUCACUAUACUCCCUAUAGUGAACAGCGCCCCGUUCAUUCGCAGCCACCUCAACUCGAGCUAUCGCCACCAGCUCUGCAACAGCAACCGCCGGCACAAUCGCAAUCCCAUGUCCAAUCUCAAAAGCAUGUUGAGCCUCCAGCUCAAGUGGCCACGCCUCAGCGGCCAGUCCAGCAGCCCGACGCCAUGGAAAUUGACUCCAAAGAGCCAGCUGCGUCGGCGAAGAAAGAAAAGGGUACGGCUACUGCUCCUUCUUCGAAAGCAGCCUCUCCCAAACCCGCUCGCGCAGCCAAGGAAGCACCUAAGAUCCCUCAAGGAUCAGGGCUGAUCACGAAUGCGCUCUUUGGUGGGGUCGAUGAAUCGUCCAAGUCCGACACGCGCAGCGCACCGAAUAUCAUUGUGCACGUGCCCUUGCAAAAGGGUAACCAGAUUGUCAAUUUUGCGCAGCUUGCGGAAGAGCAGUAUGGCUUUGCAGCGCUGCAUCCACGCUUAGCUGCACACAAGGACCGUCUCGCGCGUGUAGCCGCUGCUGGUGCGGCGCUGGAGCGCAAUGAUAAGGGUCUCAAGGGUAUCUCGGCCGGCGAGAGCGCGGACGAAGAUCUGAGUCUUGAUGUCGAUCGCGACAGUGAUCUAGACGGCGAUAUUUCCAUGGGCGGUGCUGGCACCGGCACGAAUGGCGUCCAGUCGGAGGCUAGUGAGGGAAAGAAGAAGCGCCGAAAGAAGGUUGAGGAGUAUGAUCGCGACGAUCCCUUCGUUGACGACAGUGAGAUGGCGUGGCAGGAACAGGCUGCCGCUAGUAAAGACGGGUUCUUUGUGUAUAGCGGUCCCCUUGUGCCGGAGGGCGAAAAGGUUCAGGUGGAACGUGCGGACGGUACCAUCAAACGAGGUCGUGGUCGUGGCCGAGGAACAGGUCGAACCCGUUCGCUCGCUUCUCACCCCCACGUUCCAAUCGCCGCUGCGGUCCCCAUUUCUCAGGAGACCGGCCUGCCACUUCGUGGUCCGGGCUCACGUGGUGGAAUUUCACGCCGUGGUCGCGGUGCAAAGAAAGCUGACGCCUCGGAUAAGCACACCGAUCGCGCUGGCACGUCGGCCUCAACUUCCCACGAAGGCCGAGGUGGUCGUGGCGGCGGUUCAGCAGGUCGUGGCGGUUCAUCCUCUCGUGGUGGGAAGAACUCCGUGAUGUCGAUGCUGGACAUCGCACCUGCUCCCAGCCCACAAGGUCAUACGGGAAAUAUUGCCCCAGCACCGGGUCCGAGUCCACUUGCCGGACCGGAACCAGUCAUGAAAUGA